GAUGCCCAUUAAAAUAUUUAUUUAUUUUUUUGUUUUUUCUUUUCUAUCCUGCAUCUCUCCAUUCUCUCACUCACCAGUUCUCUCUCUCUGAAAAGAAAUCAGCUUUUCUCUUCAUUCCUAAGAUCCGGCGUCUCUUCGCCGUCGACCACCACCACGACCACCCUCAUCUCUCUAUCCAAUUUAUCUCUCACACAAUCCCCCACCCCUUUCUUCUCACUUCUCUAGGCCGUCCGACGAGAAAUCUCCGUCGCCGCCGCCGCCCUCUUCAUCCAGUCGCGCGUGGCCACGCCCCGCUCCGUCCCAGCUCUGCAAGCAGCAGCAGUGGGUGACUCCGCCCCGCCUCCGUCCGCUGACUCCUCAGUAGCAGCAGUUUCCAACGCCCAAUAUCCGGUAUUGCAGAAAAAAUGCCGUCUCUGCAAACAGCAUUGCCUCCUGAGCUCGCCAACAAUACCAUCAGGCUUUAUCGCGAAUGCCUAAGGCGAGCUAAAUAUAUUGGGCAAAAGAAAUUCAACACUGAACUUCUAAUUACUAUGGUGAGAGAGCAGUUCAAGAAGAACAUGCAUGAGACGGAUCCAGAUAAGAUUCAAAAGAUGAAGGAUGAUGCGGCAAGAGGACUGAUCAACCAUAUGCUAUAUGAGUCUGAAAACUUGUCCGGGCGAAAAUUCAGCAAAACCGCUGAUCAAAGCUGAAUCUCAGGUGUGCUAUGCUCAUCUCAAACCUGGUGGCUGCCUUUGGGUCUGAUUUUAUGUUUGAUUUGAUUUCUUUACUUGCAAAAAAGGGAUUACAUUUUGAGAUGUGGGAAAGGUUUUCUUGUACUUGUUUUGGCCUACUAUACCAGGUAAAUUUGAUGCUACCUUUGUCAUAGGUAGAAUAAAACUUUUUUUAAAGAAGGAUCAACAAUAGCUCCUCGUUUCUCCUU